AUUUUUAAAAAAUAUUUAUAAAAAAAUUAUUACAUAUUACAUAAAAUUUCGAAAUAUUUUUUUACAUAAUAUGUGUGCUGAUAAUAAUGAAAAUAGUAGACCAAUAACACCAUCAGAGGAAGAUUGUUGCCAUAGUGCAUGUGAUCCUUGCAUUUUUGAUGUACAUAAAAAAUUACUCGAAGAAUAUGAAAGAAAAAAAAAAAAUAUAAAAAUACAAAAUAAAGAAAACAUACUUCAUUUGUAUAAAUAUAAAAAUUUUGUAGUUUUCAAUAUAGAAGAGAGAUCUGAAUGUUAUAUUUUAAUUGUUUUGAAAUAUUAUGAAAAUAACUACAAAAAUAAAAGAAUAUUAAUUGAUCUUGGACAAUACGUUAUGUUACAUUUACAUGACAUUACCAAACCAUUCACACCAAUUCUUUUCACAGAUGACUGUAUUGAAUUUCUAAUUAGACUUUAUCCAAAUGGAAAAUUUAGUCAAUAUUUAAAGAACAUAAAAAUAGGUGAUAUAAUUCAUAUUAGAGGACCAUAUGGAAAUUUUAAAUAUGAAAGUAAUAGUUUUCAAACAAUUAUUAUGUUUUCUAUGGGAUCUGGAAUAACUGCAGUUUAUCAUAUAGCAAAAUCAAUUGUAGAAAAUGAAUUAGAAGAAACAAAGAUUCAUCUUAUUGGAGGAUUUAAAAAUAUAUUGCAGAUUCCUCUAAAAAGAGAAUUACAAAUCUUAUCAGAUUAUUGGAAUUUCAAAUGUACUUUGCACAUAUCACAAAUACAAAAUGUUUGUAAUAUCCAUGGUAUAAAUAUAAAAUCUGGAAGAUUGGAUAAAAAAUCAAUCUAUGAAGUACUUAAAAAUAAAAUAGUUAAUACUACAUUAAUUUUAAUAUGUGGCACUAAUCAAUUUAAUAAUUAUGUUGAGCAGUGGAUAAAACACAUGAAUUAUACACAUGUACAUGUGUUUAAAUAAUAAAUAAUAAUAUUUAUAUAAUUUAUAAUUAUAUUAUACCAUUUAAUAUAGCAUGAUAUGCUUUCUUUACAAUUAGGACAUGAACCAUGAAUAUGAUCAAAUAUAACAUGAUUUCCAACAAUUGUUUGUAACCACUAAAAACAAAAUAAAUAUAAAUAUAAUAUUGUAAAUAUAAAUAGUUUAAUAAAUAUUAAAUAAAGAUUUAUAUUUUAA